AUGGCGUUGAUGGGCAAACGCGGGGCCCAGGGGCUACUCAGGGGCCUCCUACUACUCCUGGGGGUCACAAGUCUCUUCAGCAUCGUGUCAGCCACCAGGAGAGGAGCCACGCUGGAGAGCAGAGCACACUCACACAGACAUCCAGGUCACAAGUCCCUCCACAGACACCAUCACCGAUCGGGGAAGGUGGGCCAGGUCCUGCACCGCUCCAAACGAGGCUGGGUGUGGAACCAGUUCUUUGUCAUUGAGGAGUACCUCGGGCCCGACCCCGUCCUGGUGGGCAGGCUCCACUCAGACGUGGACUCGGGCAACGGGUAUAUCAAGUACAUUCUGUCGGGAGAAGGAGCCGGCACCAUCUUCGUCAUUGAUGACAAAACGGGGAACAUCCACGCCACCAAGACGCUGGACCGCGAGGAGCAGGCUCAGUACACCCUCACAGCUCAGGCCGUGGACCGGGACACCAACAAGCCCCUGGAGCCUCCCUCUGAGUUCAUCGUCAAAGUGCAAGACAUCAAUGAUAACCCUCCCGAGUUCCUCCAUGGACCGUACUACGCCAAUGUGCCAGAGAUGUCCAAUGUGGGUACGUCGGUGAUACAGGUGACCGCCACGGACGCAGAUGACCCCACGUACGGGAACAGCGCUCGUCUGGUCUACAGCAUCCUCCAGGGACAGCCCUACUUCUCUGUGGAGUCUCAGACCGGCAUCAUUCGCACCGCACUGCCCAACAUGGACCGGGAGGCGCGGGAGGAGUACGACGUAGUGAUCCAGGCCAAGGACAUGGGGGGCCACAUGGGAGGCCUCUCUGGGACCACCGAGGUCAAGAUCACCCUGACAGACGUGAACGACAACCCGCCCAAGUUCCCCCAGAGUGUGUACCCCAUGUCUGUCUCUGAGGACCGCGUGCCCGGGGAGGAGGUGGGCCGCCUCAAGGCCAAAGACCCCGACCUGGGGGACAACGGCCUGGUGACGUACAGCCUGCUGGACGGGGAUGGCAUGGGCGUGUUUGAGCUGUCCACAGACUCCGAGACCAGGGAAGCGGUCAUCAAACUCAAGAAGCACGUGGACUAUGAAACCAAGAGGAUGUACACACUCAAAGUGGAGGGAUCCAACCCACAUCUGGACUCCCGUUUCAUGUCCUGGGGUCCCUACAAAGACGAAGCCACAAUAAAGAUCUCAGUGGAGGACGCAGACGAGCCCCCAGUGUUUGUAGCUCCUUCUUACACUUUUGAGGUGCAGGAGAAUGCUCCUGAGGGGACUCCUGUUGGACGAGUCCACGCCAAGGACACUGAUGUGGCCAACAACCCAGUCAGGUACAUGAUACCUCGAUACACUGACGUGGAGCAGUUCUUCAGCAUCAACUCUGAGGACGGCAUGAUCUCCACAACCAGACCCCUGGACCGAGAGACACAGGCCUGGCACAACAUCUCUGUGUCUGCCACAGAGAUAGGAGGCCACCAUCAAGACACCAAGGUCCGCGUCAACAUCAAAGUCAAAGAUGUGAACGAUAACCUGCCUGAGUUUGCCACUAACAAUGAAGUGCUGAUGUGUGACACUGUGGCCCCAGGGAAGGUGAUUGAGACUGUGAGCGGAGUGGACAAAGACGAGAUGGUCCACAGACAACACUUCACCUUCAGCCUGGCUCCGGAGGUGGCCCACAACAAUAACUUCUCCCUCAAAGACAACAGAGACAGCUCAGCCAGUAUCUACGUCCUGCGGAAAGGCUUCAGUCGCCUCACUCAGGACGUUUACCUUCUUCCCAUUGAGAUCAAUGACAACGGUGUGCCGCCUCUGAGCUCCACCAACACGCUGACCAUCCGUGUGUGCUCCUGCGACGCCCAGGACACCAUCCUGUCCUGCAAUGUGGAGCCCUACGUCCUGGCAGCUGGCCUCAGCACGGGGGCCCUCGUAGCAAUACUGGCAUGCAUCGUAAUCCUUCUGGCAAUCGUGGUUCUGUUUGUGGCCCUGCGUCGACAGAAGAAGGAGCCUCUGAUUGUGUUUGAGGAGGAGGACAUCAGGGAGAACAUCAUCACGUACGAUGAUGAGGGCGGAGGAGAGGAAGAUACAGAGGCCUUUGACAUCGCCACGCUGCAGAACCCUGAUGGAGCCAAUGGCUUUCUGCCCAGAAAGGACAUGAAGCCAGAGUUACAGUGCUCGCUGAGACCUGGUAUGGGACACCAUGCGCCCAACAGUGUGGACGUGGACGACUUCAUCAAGACCCGCAUCGCUGAGGCAGACAGUGACCCCACAGCGCCCCCUUAUGACUCUAUCCAGAUCUACGGCUAUGAGGGCAGGGGCUCCCUUGCCGGCUCCCUCAGCUCUCUGGAGUCCGUCACCACAGAGUCUGACUUGGAUUAUGACUAUCUGCAGAGCUGGGGGCCACGCUUCAGGAAGCUGGCUGAUUUGUACGGGACCAAAGAAUGUUCUCUUCAUGAGGAUGAUGAGGCCGAGGACUCCUAA